UCCGAUUUCAAACUGUCAACCUACAAGGAAGCGGGUAAAGAGUAAACAAGCAGGGGUUUGAACAGAUCUCCUAUAUUUUAACCAGCGUGUCGGCUACAAUAUAAGGUCUAGCCAAAUGUUUUGACGGCAGAAUGGAGAGUUAUGAAGACUUCAUACGGACCCAGCUGUCGCGACUGGAUGGGAAGGGUAGCGAACAGAAACGGGAGUCGGCGUGCCACGGGUCGUCUGUCAUUCGUUUCCACGGCUUACCCAUCCUGCCCCCUCUGUUGACCGCGGAGCGUCGAGCGGAGAUGCUGACGUACAGAACCGACGCGCUGGAGUUGGUUGAUCGCAGGAAUAAGUCGGCGUUGGGCCGGAGGAUGUUGCACCUUAGCGAGCUUCUCGACAGCGUUCAGCUGAGGAAAGCUCCCACGCUCCGGGAGUUUAUGGGAGGCCAGUCCCUGGCAGGAGGGACAGAAGGCGGGGCCAGCGAGGAGGCGGAGCCUGAGGAGGCGGAGUCUCUGCUCUCCUGCCCUCCCCACGUUUCUGACGAGGAGCCGUGUCCCCAGCGGGGGUGUGAGCCGCCCCGCCCGCUCACCUCCACCGCCCGUGGUUCUCUCGCCUCCGGAGGACUCCGCCUGGCCGCGGAGAUGUGUGGCGACAUCAGCCACCAGUCGGCGUCGUCAGGGUACGCCACUCAUGACAACACAGAGGUCUCGGCGGGUCACACGGAGGUCACGGAGGGUCACACGGAGGUCACGGAGGGUCACACAGAGGUCACGGAGGGUCACACAGAGGUCACGGACAGUCACACAGAGGUCACGGAGUGUCGCGCAGAGGUCACGGAGAGUCACACUGAGGUUGCAGCGGGUGACAUGGCGGGUCGUCUGUUGGACGUGGGAGCGGGAGAAGGAGAAGGAGAGAGAGAGGGAGGAAGAAAAGGAGGGGGAGAGGAUGAAGGUGCGGGCCGAACUGAAACUGCACCUGAGAGCUUCUUCUUACACUGCACUGGGGAGGCGGAGCCGGAGCUGGCCGCCGGGCCGCCCCGCGUGAGCCUGCAGAGCCUGCUGAAGCGGUCUCAGGAGUACCGGCAGCGCCAGCGGCUGCUCCGCGGGGCCCGGACGCACUGCCGCUCCGACAAGGAGAACCAGCCGGGCCGCGUCCCGCUCCGCAGGGCCCGGGGGGACAGGAGGCCCGCCCCGGCAAGGCCCUGUCCCGCAGGAACCGCCCGCCCCGCCAGAGCCGCCGCGGCCCGGCCCAACGGCCUGGAGCCGGGCGGCGUGGCGCUGGGGUCAGGGGAAAGGGAGAUGUCCCGAGAGGAAGGAGGGGACACCGGCGUGUCCCGCUGCGAGCUGCCGGCUGCAGACGGGCUACAGGGGCGGGGCGGUCCGGCCGAGCCCCCGCGGGCCGAGAGCCCUCCCCCUGCCCCGGAAGCCCCGCCCCCUGACACAGAAGCCCCGCCCCCUGACACAGAAGCCUCACCCCCUGCCCCGGAAGCCCCGCCCCCUGACACAGAAGCCUCACCCCCUGCCCCGGAAGCCCCGCCCCCUGACACAGAAGCCCCGCCCCCUGACACAGAAGCCUCACCCCCUGCCCCGGAAGCCCCGCCCCCCUGCCCGCCCCGGCUGCAGCCGCACAGGUUCGGCACCGUCCCCAGCCCCCAGUUCUGCACCAGCCCGGUUCACUGCAAACGAACGGGCCGCCCCGCGCGGAAGCUCCCGGUGAACAUGGCGGUCAGCGCCAGCGGUGGCCACAGGGGGCGCCAGAGCGCCGAUGCCGAGGGGAGGCCUGCUGGAGGGGGGGCGGAGCUGGCUCAGCUGGAGAUGAACCUCAGCAGCCUGAAGGCGCUCAUUUCGGAUCUGCAGGCCACGCUCACGGGCACGCCCGAGGAGGAGACACGCCCUGCGGACUCUGCCUCCCAGAAUGCCGAGCGGUCUGAGAGGACGCAGCCCCGCCCCGUCCCCUCCCUCGCCCAGAGGCGGCGUGUCCCGCACGCUUUCCGGAACGUUCCGGGGGCGGGUCUUCGGCAGGGCCCGGUCCUCUCCGACGCCAGCAACCAGGCCCCCGCCCGCGGCGGCUCGGGGAGCCGGUCCUACGACGUGGAGACGCCGUCCGCUCUGGCCGCUGGGGGGGGGGGCAGGGGUCCGGGCUCGGCCCCCGGGGGGAAGCCGCUCACCCCCGGGGCGGGGGGGCAUGGACAGGACUCCCGCGCCAAACGCAGGCUGCUCAUGAACACUGGGACCCGGGGGGAGCCCAGGCCUCUAUCCAGCACCCCGAAAGGCUGGAUCUCUGUGCUGGGGAAUCAGCAGCUGCAGCUGCAGCAGACGCAUGCCGCACAGCUGCAGGCCCUGGUGGAGAAUCAGCAGCUGCAGCUGCAGGAGCUGCUGCAGCGACUCUCUCUGCAGGGCGUGUCAGUGCUUGUCCCCUCCCCCAGCUCAGGUGUGAAGGGUGUGGUUACCUGCUUUCCCAUGGAGCCCCGCCCACUGGAGCAGCGUUCUGAGCCCCGCCCUCUUUUACAGCCUCCCUGCAGCAGCGGCACCCUCCCCUCAGCCUGGCGCCCCCUGGUGGCAGCGGCAGUUAGGGGCUACCUGACGCGGCGGCUGCUUCGCACCGAGCGACUGGCGCAGCUGCGACGCACUGUCAAGGACUCCCAGCAGUUCCUUUGGACCCUACAAGCUCAGACUCCAGGCAGGGGGGACCUGGGGGGCCAACAGGACCUGCUACUGCAGGAGAGAGUCUUACUGCAGCUCCGCUCAGCUCGGUAUGAAAUCCACGACAUCUUCUUCUGUUUCUCCCCCACUGAGCGCGUGCAGCUCAUCUCCUGGGACCGGCAGCUGCUCAGGGAGAGAGAGCUGAAGGGCAAGGAGAGCGGAAGGACGCAGAGCCGAGGGCGGACUUCUCUCUCCACGGCCACCAUGAAGGCCCUGGAGAGGAAGAGGAGCGCGGGGUGCCAGAAGAGGGCAGCAGAGCGGCAGAGGGGCUCUGUGGGCGGAGUCUGUGGGACGCAGGGCCGUCGACACCCACACAGUGAGCGCAGAUCCACCCUAUCCGGCGGGAAUCCAAAAACUCUACCCAAUCGCACCCGUCCAGCCUGACCCUUGAUCCCUGGCUGCAACACCUCCAGCCAAUCACUGCAAAAGACACUGCACAGUCAGGCCAUACCUUUGGACGCUCAACAGAGCUAUACAACACUAUGGGUCUAUGACCCCUUGACCCUUGAACUCUAUACCUCCAGCCAAUCGCUGCAGACCCUGAAUGGUUGGGCCAAGCCUCUUGAAGCAAUGCUGUGAUUACACAUGUGGGUAUAGCAGUCCUAGGUCCAUGAUCUAGUGCAUAUUUUAAAUUAUUUUAACUCUUUAGAUGCUAGUAACAUUUCACAGCACUCCUGAAGAUUCAUGAGAGUUUUCAACAAACAUUUUUGAAAUAAGUGCCUGAAAUAUUCAUUGACCCAGGCCUGCAAUGCGUGUACCCCCUACUGUCUCUAGAGCAUUGGUAAGCAUCCACAAUGUCCAUAACACUGUGAAUAGGCCCAGGAAGAGUCCACAUCCAUGACUACAUUUCCCACAAGGCCAUGGUGCUCUCACUGCCCUUCCUGUAGCCAUUUGUGAUAAGACGCUUGGAUGUCGAAAAUGGAGAGGAGCUCCACCAAUCAGAGUAUUUCGGUAACAACCAACAGAACAAAGGCACUGGUGAUUGGUGGAUACUGUCUAGUAAUUCUUACAGGGAACCCCAAGAAGUCUGUCUGGGAAGCAUCCACCAAUCACCACUGGCGUUGCUUUGUUGGUUGUUAUUAACAUGCUUUGUGAUUGGUGGAGCUCCUCUCUGUUAUCCGUUUUAUUAUCUCUGUCUGUGCACUGUGUUCAUUCAGUAUUCAGGUCCAAAGAUCUGCCUGACAAUCAGCCUGUUUCCCAUCAUGCCCUGCUCUACAAGGGCUUGAGCCCGUUUUUAUAUUUUGUACAGGAUCAGUUUGUUUUUCUUUAAGCUGAAUAUAUAUGUAUAUAUUUACUAUUUUAUAUAUACAUUUUCUGUAGUUUGAUAAAUAUCUGCAAAGUGUAUUUUUCCAAGUGAAUUUAUCACCAUGUUCCUCCUUCCAAUGUUGUUUCCAAACAGUUUUUUAAAAUUAUUUUUGUAUUUAUUUGUAAGCAAUUUCCUAAUAAAUGUCUUUUUAUCAUUUC